AUGCCUCGCAAGCAUAAUUCCAAAGGAAAACGCAAGAGUGGCCGUCCCACUGCCAGCCCGCACUGGAAUCAGCAAACUUCACGGCUCAAUCCCACCGUCGGCUCAUAUAAUUCCUUGUCACCGUUUGUGCCAUCCACCGCCAGCACAACCCCUCGUGGCCACACGCUUGCUGAAGAGGCUAGAACUACUUCCAAGCGGCCCAGGGGCUUCUUUGGCCAGGAUGCAAAGCUACGCCACCGACCUGUCACCUUUGUCAGAGGCGGCUUCAUGGACCCCAUGAAGGAGCUCAACAUUCCCCAGAAAGAGGUUCCUGCCGACGCCAAGCAGCAUGAAACCCUGGAAGUAGAGCAUCCUAUUAUUCCCCAUGCCCUGGUCGAUCAAGUUGAUGCGGCAGCUCCUAGCCACGAGGCAGGAGAGGAUACCAGUCCUCCUCUUCCCAGUGCACACGCAGAGCACAAAACAGACCACUCACCCCUUCCAGAGCUCUUUGUCAUUGACACCACCGGGGACAAAUCGCUGCGUCCCAAAGAAUUGGAUAAAUUACCGGUGUUGCCACGGCCCGAAUCAGACCAGGACUCUGAUUCUAGCGAAGAGGUGAUUCUGUUCAGGGGCCGAGAUCCCACACUUCGCUCGGCCGCUCACUCGCAGCGCGCUUCCCCCAAAUCAGAGGUUGUCGAUGACUCGAUUGAGCUCCGUGAAAUUGAUGCAGAGAUCAGAAUUGUGGAAAGCACCAUCGAACGUGGUACCCAUGACCAUACUACCAUUGUCGAGUCUACCCACGUUAUCGGCACAGACCACUUACAACAUGACAAGCAGCCCAGUGUUCAUGAUGAAAUAGUACACAGGAAGUCGGAACCUUCACAGCUGGACGCUCUACUAGACGUCUCUCCUUCAGAUGAGGAAGCUGCCCUGGUGGCCGACUACAUUGCAAACAUGAAGGACGACGACAGUGAUAUGGACGAUGACGACAACGACGAUGACGAAGCUGAUCCUCACCCAGGACUAGGGUCACAUGCUUUCCACCUGCUGAGAGACCUCGGAGGUAGUGAUAGUGACGCUAUCCCUGAGCCUGCCGCCAAAGACGACAGUGAUGGGGAUGAUUCCAGCGAUUUGGAGGAGGAGGAAGAAGAGGAAGAAGCAACCGCCGAUUCCGAAAUGUCUGCUGCUGCCCGGCGUCGCAAAGUUGAGCAGGAGGAUGAACGCCUGGCAAGAAUGCUGGCCAAGCAGGAGGAGCUAGGACUUGGUGGUGACGAUCUCAUGCUUUACAAUGACGUGGAGGAUGAGGACGAUAACGAAGGCGAUUGGCAAAUUGCUCCCAGGACAACGCCCAGAAGCAAGAAGAAGAAGAAGAGUUCCACCAAGCAGGCCAAGAUCUUUCAGAAGAAGUGCCAGUAUCCGAGUGCGACAGCCAUGGCCGAAGCUUUUGAUGAUUUGGAUCUCAUGGACUGGCAUCGAGCUGCUCUCAAUAACUUUGAACAAGCCGCCAAGCGUACGUCCCGGGCUCCGGAGCACUCGGACUCGGAGCUCGAAGAGGCUAUGAACAUGGCUUUCAAAAAGGACCGCCUCAAAAAGGCCGAGAAGAAGAAGCAGAGAGAGGCUCUGCGUGCUCAAGGCUUGUUGGGUAAAAACGUGAACCCCGACGAUCUUCGCACAAAGUACCAAGUUGGUAUGAGCAGGGACGAGCUCGUCUUUGAGCUGGAGCAAUUCAUCAUUGGCUCGGAUGAACAGCUUCGGUUUCCCCCACUUGAUAAGCAUGCAAGACAGUGCCUUCAUACAGCCUGCAGUCACCUCAAGAUCAAGUCACAAUCUUCAGGUACAGGAGAUAACCGCCACCCAGUACUCUACCGCACGGCGCGGACAUUGGAAUAUGAGGAACGCCGUUUUGAGAGCAUUGUCGACCGUGUUUUCCGGCGCCAAUACUUCACGCGCGUUGAUGUAGAUACCAAUGUGGCCAAGGCGCAUCGAGCUGGCCUGCGCAAAGACACGAGCGGCUUGAAGCGCAACGACAAUGCCGUCAGCUACCGCGAGGGAGAAGUUGUGGGCCAACAUGCUCGCGAGCUGGCUUCUGAUAACAAGGGCAGGAUGCUGCUGGAGAAGAUGGGCUGGGCCAAGGGCAUGGCUCUUGGUACCGUGGACAACAAGGGCAUCAUGGUCCCAAUCGCCCACGUGAUGAAGAAGAGCAGACUUGGCCUCGGCGAUCUAUAG